GGUGCUGUUUCUCCAGUCUCUUUCCCUGUCUUUGUCUCACACACUCUUUUGUUAGCCAUGCCUAGCCUGCUGGUUCUAGCAGGGAUCAUGGAGAAAAAUGGGGGCUACGGCGGGGAUCUGGCCGGCUCCGGCUUCGGAAGCGAAGGUCUCCUUGUGCCGCCCGAUGAGGAGGAAGACGACUCCCGUGCCCUCAGGGUCGCGCUGGGCCAGUUAUCUCUGCUGGGGCUCGGGGAAGGCGAGGACGGCGGCGGAGCCCCAACAACAGGAGUACAGGACCGGAGUAACAAUAACAACAACCACCACAACCACACGAAUAGCAUCGGAGGUGGCGGGGACACGGCGAUUCUGCAAGGGAAAAGCAAGUUGUGCGCCCUGUAUGAGAGCUCCUCAAGUGAGACCAAAGGACGAGGCUGCAACAUAACAGAAUGCGUCCCAGUGCCCAGCUCUGAACAUGUGGCCGAAAUAGUGGGGAGACAAGGUUGCAAGAUCAAAGCCCUGCGGGCCAAGACCAACACCUACAUCAAAACCCCUGUUAGAGGAGAGGAGCCAGUGUUCUUAAUCACUGGCCGGAAGGAGGAUGUUGCACUGGCCCGCCGUGAAAUCAUCUCUGCUGCUGAGCACUUCUCCAUGCUUCGGGCAUCCCGCAACAAGCUGGGAGUGUCCUUUAGCGGCUCCCCGCCAACACCUUUGCCAGGUCAGACCACCAUUCAGGUGAGAGUGCCAUACCGUGUUGUGGGGCUGGUAGUGGGGCCUAAAGGCUCUACCAUCAAACGCAUCCAGCAGCAAACCUGUACCUACAUUGUCACCCCCAGUCGAGACCGCGACCCUGUCUUUGAAAUCACAGGGUCACCGAGUAACGCCGAGCGGGCCCGCGAGGAGAUCGAAGCACACAUCGCAUUCCGAACAGGAGGCCUGCAUGACCACAAUAAUGAGAAUGACUGUCUGGGGCCGAAUGGUGGAAGCAGCCCAGCAGGCAGCAGCGGUGGUCUGGAGAGCCGGCUACAGCAGGUGUGGGGGCUGCAGGGGGGCCAACGCAAGCCCCUCACCAGCAGCUACCGCCAGAACUUCUCAGAUGCCAUGGUUGGAGGGGGAGGAGGAAACGAGGGAGGGGGAAUCUACAACAAGGGCAACUUCUCCAGCUCCGGAGAGAAGCCUUGCUCUUAUUUUGGAUCUGAGGGUACCCAGAGCUGGGGUGAUCCUGACUACCCCAAACAGGUGGCCUUCUACGCCCAGCAGCGUUCCAAGAGCUUUGGAGGCCUCCCACUCCCUCUGACCAGACUCUCCCCAGGCUUACCUGAACCCUGCGGAGGUGGAAGCACCAACAACUCUUCAGUCACCAGCAUUGUGCCCGUAGCCGGCUCACCUCAUGCCCAGGCCCGCCGCGCCCACAGUGAGCCCACCUCGGCCGGUGAGGGGUUCCCAGGCCGUCUGCCAGUGCCGGACUCGCCACCGGCCACUGUGCGGGACUGCAUGACCUGCUUUGAGAGCAAAGUUACGGCUGCCUUGGUGCCCUGUGGCCAUAACCUCUUCUGCAUGGAGUGUGCCAUCCGAAUCUGUGAGCUCAACCACCCGGAGUGCCCAGUGUGCCACACCCAGGUCACACAGGCCAUCCGAAUAUUCUCUUAAGGAACCACAUCAGUUUUUAUCAUUAGUUUUGUCAGUGUUUGUUCAAUAAUUAUUUACUGUUAUUAUGAUUAUUAUUAUAAUACACAAGUACUUUUUUGUUUUUCAGAAAAUUUAAAAACAAUCAAGCAGAUAUUUUAGAAGGCACUGCUUGCUUUACUAAAAAGUAUAAGAAAUAUUUUUAAGUUUUUCUUUUAUAUAUAUAUGCAUAUAUAUUUUAUAAAAGUUUUGUUUAUAAGAGAAGUAUAGUACCUUGCAUUUUCAGUUUUUUGACUGCUGCUGUUUUUCAUUCAUGAAUCACAGUGUAGGCAGAGGUAGACGGUAAUGUGAACAUUUUAUUAUUCAAAUUUUUUAUUUUACCAUGAAGUGGGUUUAUAUGGAAGGAAGAAGAUGAUUGUUGAGGUACCCAAUCUGCACCUGACUAACCUAGAAAGUCAAUGUUAUUAGAAGGAUCAAAUAAAAAAUUUCAUUGCA